AGCAUGCCGGGAAAAUAUUUCUGUUCCGCCAUUUUGUUAUAGAAGUGACAGUAAAUGAACAAGAAUUUUUUAAUACCGAGUUACAGAGGGAUAAAUAGUAUACACUAGUUAUGAACAUUACACUUAGACUAUAAUAGUGACUAUUGAAAAUGAGUGGUAAAGACGGUAAACGUGCAAAAGGACGCAGAACUUUAUAUUCUCACUCAAAGAAUAGCUUCUCAAGUUCUGCUUCUAAUUCGGUUCAUUCACGAAUAGGUGCAUUUGGAUUUGGUGUAGAAAAUGUAACAGUAAGUCCUAAGCCAUUUCAAACUCUUGGAAAUAGUCUUGCUGUAAACAUUAAUGAUGUUGCAACUGAGUUGGGAAUUACAUUGAAUCCUUCACACGAGGACGCAAUGAGAAUUACUGAACUUAUGGAUGCACCCAUUGAUUUAGACAUGCCUGCUCAUAGCAUCAGUCGUGGACCAAACCCUUACCUAGAGAGAUGCAUGUACUGUAACACACCCCGCACUCCUUCUCAGGAUGGUGAGGAAUGUUUGGAACUUAUAGAUUUACAAUUUGAUGGCAACCCUGUGAUAAAUAAUACAGCUCAGUCUCAGUCUUAUAGCUCCCUGAAACUUGAAAUAUGGACUUGUCUUAGCUGUAGAAAAGUGGCUGGUAAUUUCCAGUCAUUUUUGGAAGCAAAUUGUCCACAGUCUUCAUAUGAUUUGCCUUAUUUACAUGACAGCUGCAUUGAUCCUUUGACAUGUUCUCACUGCCAAGAAGAGAGGGUGAUUCAUGAAAAAGAUCAAAUUGAAUUGCAAGAACUUUGGAUUGAGUUGCAUUCCAUUGUGAAAGAUUUGUAUAGCACUAAGGAAGAUAGUGUCUUUACACAGGAAUAUGGAGAUAGGUUGCAGUUUCUUAUUGAGAAGUUAUGCAAAAGAGAUCCUCAUCAACUGUUUUUGCGUCUAGAAUCUCAAGUUAGGGAAAUAGUAGUUGACAUCAAAUCCAGAUUGUUAGAAAUGUUGAAAGACAAAGGAAUCCAUGCACCAGACUUAGCUCUUGAAUUCACAAGUGCUUUAUUGUGCUAUUAUGACUUGGUCACUAAAAAAUCUCAUCUUUUAGCACAUUAUCUUGGUGGACUUAGUGAACAUCUGCGUCGUUUUAAGGUGACCUGGGAACUGUUAAACAAGUAUCUGUUUCACUCAAUAGCACACAAUGACACUAACAUCAGUAGCAGCGGUCCAACAAUUUUAGAACAGCUAAGGCAAGGCUCUGUCCAAUAUGAGAGAUCAAAAGAUGAUCCUUAUAGUUCAAUUCGUAAGAGACUGCUUAAGUUUCAGGAAGAAAUGUCUGUUGUUGUAGUUAUUUGGAGAGACUGUCAGCAGUUAAUUGAAAGCUAUUGUCAGGAAGAGGUCAAAAAUACUCAGCAACAAGUUUCAAGUAAAGCUCGUAGUUUUAUAUCCCAACAAAGGCAAUUUCUAAGAGAGCAACUUUUAAAAGAUCCUAUUGUGGAUUCUGAAACUAUGAAAAACUUCAUGUCAGUCCAUAAAACUUCAACUGAACGUGUAUUGUGUCAUUUGUGUAAAAGAGAAAGAUGUACUUGUGAUGAAUGCACCAUCACACACAUGAUCACUUGUGGCAUAAUCAACAGCAAUAAAGGAGAUGUUAUAUCUCCUCCCAACUCAUUCAACUUUCCUGUAGACUCUACCCGCACCAUCAUUGAUAUCACACCUCCUUCCAUGUCCAGCACCACUUCUACCAGUGGCUCAGUCUCACCUAUCAACAUUGAAGAGAAACUCACCACAUUUUAUGACUGUGAUAGAGUGUUGCAAGAAGAAUUUAAACAAGAGUUGAGUGAUGCCUUACGGACCUGUGCUAAACAUGAUGGGAAAGUGUCCAGUAAUUCUAAUGAAGACAUUGAUGGCAAUGCUGGGGAUGAUGAAGAGGAAGAUGAUGAUGAUGAUGAUGAUGUAGAUGAAGAUGAUUACACUGAUAAUCAAGAUGCAUGCAUAGAUGAACCACAUGCAGUUCAGAUUCUCAGUGAUCUGAAAGAUGCUGAUGAACUCUGGGAAGUUGUCCAGUGUCCUAACCAACAGCAACAUUAUCACCAUCAUCUGUUGUGUGAUAGACUGAACACACAGCACAGUUGUGCCCAAUGCCAUCAAGUCAAAGCUGAUCAGACUUGUGUGUUCCAACCUAAACUUGAAUUUGACAUAUCCAGACAAAUUGAUACAGAAUUAGUCAGGAACAGCAUAACAUCUGGUGGUUUAGAUAGAGAUACUGUCAUAAGUCAGGUUAAUGGUGAUGUAAGCAAUGCUACAAACUUGUGUGCUACAUGUCAGUGUCAUGCCUGUCUCAAUCAAAGUGGCCAUAUCAUCUCUACAACAUUACCCAUACAGAUGCCAGUCUCUCCAUCUCCCUCUGAACUUCAUUUGUACCCACAUAUCCAUGGUCUUCCUCAACACAACCAGCAGCGUUAUGGGUCGGAUCUAUCUUCUCAACUGAUCUCCUCCAUUCAACUCCCUGUCAAGCUAGACUUCACUGAAGGAAUUCAGGAACAAUUGUAUCAUUCUUAUGGUGAUUGGGACAACACAUUACCUCGGCCAGGAUCUCUUGCUUCGCAACAUCACCAACAGCACCAUCAGCGUCUUUCAGCUCUCUCUGCAAGUCUGCCUCCACCCCCACCACCCCUGGUCACAUCUGCUUCUACCUUCAUGUUUGACUAUGCAUCCCACUUGGUGACUCACACCACUAACACCUCCACCACAAAUACAACUAGUGCUUUUAAAUCAGUUGUUGGGAAACAAUUCUCUUCAGUUCUGACCAGUCCCAGCAAUAUGGAUGCCUCAGAGGGAAGCUCAGUUGACCCCAGCAAGCCAUUGGACCUUCCCCAGUCUUGUUUGAACUCAACCACUUCAGCCAAUAGUCUGAUGAUAUCCUGCCCUGUCUCAGUCUCUCUAGCACCUUCAGCAUCUCUACCCGGUGGCUCAGUCUCUACCAAAUCAUCCACUGCAUGCCAUAGUAAUCCACAGUGCUCCCGGCCUUCACCCCUAGGAGGCAAUGCUAUUUCUAGCAGGUGGGAGAGAGGCCAUCACUGUAAGAAAUCACCUGCCAGUUCAAAUUACAAUAAUAAACAGACAUCAGGAGUUCAAGUUCAACAUCAAGCUUAUAAUCUAGGAGUAAAUAAUAGUGUGCAAGCCUCACCAGCCUUGCCUCCACCACAGGCUAAUAAGAACUCUUCACCUGCUCAUCAUCACAAAGAAGAGGUCAUUCGGUCUCUUCGCUCACUUCCUUGCUCUCACUCUUCAAAUCCAAUGUUCAGGCCAAGCACGGGGACCCCUACAUCUACUGCAGUAGCUCCUCCUGUUUCCACUGGUCAGAAUAUUGCAUGCAAUAAUAGUCUGUCUGCCCUUGUGAGCAAUAUUGCUGUGAACACCUCCAGCCCUUGUAAUGACCCGGAGUGUGAAGCACAUCACCAUGAUGACAACUGCGACAGUGUAGAUGACAGUUGUUCAGAGAAAAGUUCCAGCACUUCAACUUCAAAUCAGAAGGAAGGAAAAUAUUGUGAUUGCUGUUACUGUGAAUUCUUUGGACAUAAUAAUACUCAAGUUGCUAAAACAAGUACAAAUUAUAUAGAAAUGAAAGACAGGCUCAGGAAGAAAUUAAAAAAGAGGCAGAGUGAGAGUAAACACAAACAGGUUGGAUCAAAGAAUGGCUUGGUGCAGGAUCUAGGGAAAGAAGAAAGCAAAGAUCCACUGGAAAAAAAAGGCUUGGAGGCUUUAUUAAGUUUUAUCAAUGGCACUGAAGAAGAGACCAAAGUCAAACAGCUCACAGCUAAAGCAGCUAAACGAGCAAGACAGAAACAGAAAAGGUUGGAGGAGAAAGCUAAAUUAGACAAAAACAGUUUAUUCACUGCAAAAGAUCAUCAGAUAGAAAAAGAACAAAAUUACAGGCACCUUGUGCUAAACCCUGCCACUUUGCCACAGCAGACUAGUAUGGCUAAAUCCAUCUCUAAAAAAUCUCAAUCAAUUUCAGACAGAAAAGUUUUGGAUACAUCAGAACCUACUGGCAUUAUAGAUGCCCACUUAAAACAAGAAAUGAAUAGAUCAUCCUUUAUCAUUGAAUCCACAAGGUCGACUAUUGUACCCACUCAUAGGAAUGUAUCAAAGCAAUCUAAACCAAAUAAUGUUAAUAAUGUUGAUAAUGGUACACAGCACAAACCUGCCACAUCACUAAAGCAGCAGCAGCAGGUUAAAGGUCACACAGACUCCACAUCACAGUCCAAAAGUAAUGGCAUAGUCAGCAGCCCAGUCAACAAGAUGGAAAAUGGCAAAUCUAAUAAACAGCUGUCAAAUGAGCAACAAACAAAUCAUAGGGGCAGUCAACAGAAACCUGCCAUUAAGACAGCCCCUGGGAAUAACACAGCAACAUCUCAGGUAGCCAGUGAUCAGCUGAUAGGAUUAAAUAGUACUAUAAGUAAAAGUCAAGUUAACCCAGAUGUUAGAAAUGGGUCAUUAUCUCAUCACAAAACUUCCUCCACUCCAAGUGGUGCAUUGCCAAGUAAUGUGAUCUUAUCACUUCAUGAUAGUCCUGGAAGUGGAAGCUCAGCAUCUCAGUCACCAUCUUGUGGGACAAGGAUGUCAUCUGAACAAGUGAAGACUGCGUGCAAGACAAAGAAGAAUAAGAAGAAAAAUAAAACUGGUGAUAUUAAUGGUGUGGAUGAAAUCUUUCUUCCCAAAUCUGAAUCUGAGUUAGAUGGUGAUGUGGAUGAGUUUGAGAGAGAGCUGGAAGAAUUUAAAAGGUUUUGCUUUGAGCCAGCUGAACCAAAGGAAAGGAGGAAGAUUGCUGUGAAUGUUAAUUUAAAAGAUAUUUUCAAAAAGAAAAAUGGCUUAGUGUAAAAAUAUUUUGAUGGUGUCCAGUAUUUAAAACAUUAACAAAUGAUCAGUUUGAGUUGAAACAAAAAUUUCCUAAUUCAUGUGCAAAAUUGUAAUUUGUAUUUAUUUUUAUCUUAUGUGCACAAAUGGAAAUACUUAGUGACUUGAUUAGGGAGUUGAUGGAGCAGCCUUGAACCUUUUCAAAAUGACAUUAACUAAACCAAUUUUUUAAAAAUACAUUGUCAUACUUCACUACCAAUAAAUAUUUGUGCAUUGGUGUGGGUGAGGUCUGGGAUUGGACUUGGACCAAUGUUGCAGUUGAACAUUAGUGAUGUCUUGUCACUAGUACAACAUUAGAAUGUUGGCAAUGGAAAAGUGAAGUAUUAUCCACUAAUUGGCCUUUUUAAAAAGGGGCAUGCAUAGCUUUGGACGCAGAAUAAAUUUUGACGUUUCUAUCCAUGCUACUCCCCUCUCCCUAUUUUAUUCAUUUCAAGCAGUAUUUUUAAAACUAAAACUUUGUGAUGCUUGGUUACUUGUAAUUGUUGAGCUUCUCUAAUCUCAGUUGCUAACCUGUUUGACAAGCUGAACACUUUGUUUUGUCAGCAAGUCUUGUAAAUAAAUGUCUCUAUCCUAUCUAGUGAGUAUAUAUGAGCAUUGUGUACAUUAGUGUGAUUUCUUCUGUUGUGGCUCUACAAACAAUGCACUGCUCUCUUACCCCUGCCCGCCCCCCUCUUCCCUUAGUUUGGUUGAUGUUAAUGGAUGAACAUUGACUUGACAAUACUAGCAGGUGUCAUUGGGUGCUUCAUGAACAAUGGAGGAGAAUUAAUACAUGUACUUUUAUCACUCA